AUUUUAUUUUUUAUUAUUAUUAUUAUUUUUUCGAUUUUUUCUCUUUUUUGGUUUUGAAUUUUGACUUUUUGCCUUUUCGUCUGAGCAACAAGUUCGACUGCCAAACGCAAAAGCGGGACGCGCGCGCGGAAAUCCACUACAAAAAGCACACGUCGCCAUUUGACACUAUUCGAGUGCCACGUCGGAUUCGCGGGGUGAAUCGCAGCCAUCAGAGACAGAAGACGACAGUACAAAAACAAAAAACACAAAAAACACCAGCACAACAACAACAAUGAGCCAGCCAGCGACGACGACGACGACAACGACGAGAGACGGACUCGCCGAGGCGACGACUGGAGGAGCAGAGCAGCACCACGACACGAAUGGCGGCCUGCUGCCAGUGUCCAAGGCCAAGCAGUUCUUUGAGCACGUUACGGCCGUUGCGACUGCCGAGAUGAACACCAUCAAUCCGCGCUCGACUCGCCCAAACAGCCGCGUCGUGUCCAUGGUCGGCCCGUCCACACCCACGACUGCAUCCGAGCAGCAGCAGGCGGCGGCGGUCAGUGAGCAGACCCAGGCGCGGCUCCGUGAGAAGGAGGCCGAGAAUGCCGCGCUCCGUGCCAAGGUCGCCGAGCUCGAAGCGCAGGCCGCUCGCUCUGCCAAGGACAAGGACGUCGGCACCCGCCAGCGCGAGCUAGAGCUCAGCCAGCAGCUGCAUCUGGCGCAGGAGCGCGAGGCUACGCUGCAGCGGGAGGCCUCGAGGCUGCUCAUCCGCAUCCAGAGCGCUGAGGCUGCGACCGCAACCGCAAUGGCCGCCGCAGCUGUCAAGCAGAACGAGCUGGAAAUCCAAAUCACUGAGCUUCAGGCUCAGCUUGGCGGACCCAACGUCAACAACAACAACAACAACAACAACCCGCAGAGCCACCCUCAACACCAGGCUGCAUCAAUUGUUGCUGCUGCUCCAGAGGUCAACUCGUUCGCGUCUGCUCAGCUCAACGAUGCUGCCGAGGACCUGUACGAAGACGUCGGCACUGUCGCAGACCCAGCGGACGCUGUCCCCGAGUCCAACUCGGUGGAGUCGGCGGAUGAGCAGGUGGUUGAGGCUGUUGCUGAAGCUGUCAUUGCAGCUGUCGUCGAAGCUGUUGUCGAAGCUGCAGUUGCGCCUGUAACCGAGGCUGUAACCGAGGCUGUAACCGAGGCUGUGGCCGAGCCUGUUACUGAACCUGUUACCGAAGCUGCCGAGCCCGUCGCCGAGGCUCCCGCGGCCGAUCCCGUCGCCGCGCCCGCUGCUGCCGAAGAAUCAUCUCGUCCCAAUACGCUGGGCGACAUUGACGACAUGAUUGUUGGCAUGGUUGUGGCAACGGUGUCAGACUUGCCUCUGCAUGUGGUGUCGAGCGAUCCGCCAACCACCUACUCGCUGAUCAAGGAGACGUACUCGGAAGUGACGCGGGACCGGACUGCCAGUGCAGAAAGCGACGCGGCUGCCAACUACAUUGACAUUGACUUCACCGAGAAGCCCUCCGAAGCGACGGUUGCUCGCAUCGCUGCUCUCCAGACGGCUGCAGCGACGGAGGACGCUGUCAAGGCGGAUGCCGCUCCGGCACAGGCAAAGGCGGAUGCCGAUGCCGAUGACGGUGACCUCUACGACGAUGUGGAUCCGGUUGACAUCACGAGUGACGCCAAGACCGAAGGUGCUGAGAAACAGCCGGUCGCUGCAGCAGCAGCAGCAGCUGCUGCGACAGCAACCAGCUCGACAUCUUCCCCCGCCCGUUCGAGCGUGCGCGCAUCCGUGUUUUCCCCGACUGUGAACGACAGCGACGUUAGUGACGGCGAGGCUUACGACGAUGUCGACCCAGACAUGCUCCGCUCGAUCGCCGCCCAGGUCGUUCAGCCGCAACCCGCUGGUGUGAUUAUUCUGAACAAGCACUCUUCUUCCGAUCGUUCUUCGUCACUGUCGUCCAUCGGCUCCCGAAAGAACACUGAUGCCAUGACGGACGCCCGUGCCAAGCCCGAGGCUAUUGCCCAGGUCGAUGCCACGUCGGUGUUCAACCCGCGCCACAACACAACGGCAACCCAGCGCCCCGCCUCAACGAGCGAGUACGAGGACGUCUCUUUUGAGGGCAGCCGCAUCCCGACCGCCGAGGCGUCGUCGUCUGCUCCAUCUGCUGCACCCGCGUCCGUGGACGGCGCUUCCCCUGACGCUGCUGCCUCGAGCUCGACUGCGCGUCCCGCCACAUUUGAGGGCUUCCUCACAAAGCAGGGUGGCCACAACAAGAACUGGAAGAAGCGUUGGUUUGUUCUGCGCGAUUUGUCCCUGCACUACUACAAGAAGGUCAUGGACGCUGCGCCAGCUGGAACCAUCGAUCUCAGCACAUGCACUGCCAUCCGCGACAACCACACCGCCAAGAAGGACUUUUGCUUUGAGAUUGUGACGGAAGGUCGCACCUUCUAUCUGUACGACGAUACAGAGGCCGGCAGCAAGGCGUGGGUGACUUGCCUGGUGCGCGAAAUGAACUCGCGCGGCAAAAACCCCGAAACGCGGCCGCCCAAGAUUGUUAAGGGCUACCUCGUCAAGCAAGGGGGCUCCAACAAGGGCUGGCGCAAGCGCUGGUUUGUGUUCAAGGAAGAGCUCAAAGAAAUUCGGUACUACAAGAACGACAAGGAGAAGGAGCCGCUCGGCCAAAUUAUUCUGGGCGAGCGCCAGAAUGACGACGCCGUUUACGUUGUCCCGAAGGAGAAGCACAACCGUCAGUUUGCGUUUGAGAUCAAGACGCCUGCCCGCACCUACGUUCUCGCUGGAGACUCGGACUCGGAAGUCAAGAAUUGGGUUUCGUUCUUGUCGAGUCUGCUCAAGCCUGCCUAUUAAUGAUGGCAUUUUAUCCUUGCUCUUUGUCUCUCUCCUUCCCUUGUUCACUCGUCUUUCUAGGCUUCGUGUCCCGAUGUUUGAUGACCAAAUCGGCCCUAUUGUUUUCCCUGUUCGUUUCUGCUUCAUUGUUCUUUCCAAGUUUCUUCUUUGCCUCAAACCAUGAAGCAGGUUCUCCUCCUUCUCGUUUGUCUGCUACCUUUGUUUUUUUUUUUCGAUUCGGUUAGUCUGCGACAAUGUUGUUUUGGCCUUGACUUUUAGUUUUGUUUUGUUUUGUUUUUACAAAGAAUGAUAAACGCCUAAACCAUGGA